ACAGUUUGUGUGCGGCUUAAACUGUGGCGUGUCAUUUCAGCGUAAACAACGUUUGCAUGUACAAGGCCCUCGCACGCAUCAUUAGCACAGCGAAUAACCUUUCGCCUCAUUUAAUUCGUUUUUCCAGGAGGUGUCUCCCACAAAUACCUAAGGAAGUGCACGCGAUUGUCCCCCUCUUUUUAUCAGCCACAUUCAUUUUAAAAUAGCUACCCAUACAUUGUGUUAAUAAUGACGUAGUUGUAUCCUUCAGAUAGCCUUGCCACGCGAUCUUUUCUCAUUAUGGCUAUAAAGUCACGCAUCCAGCCGCGUUCCAUGUUCCCUAUUCACACUUCCUGUACUGGAAACUUGGUGAUGUUUGAAUAUGGUCUUUAAAAUGCAAACACGCACGCAACUGCCGCAGUCCCUUCUCUGCGCCUGACUUCUGGUAAUGUAAGGCUAGUGAGGUGAGUCAAUGAACUCACAAACGGGCGCCGACGUAGGACAACUUCCUGGUACCGAUAACCAGUUUCUUUUUUUCUUCUCUCCCGUUUAAUGCCAAAGCCCGCCUCCACGGCGGAGUCCUUGCGCCGUGAGUGGAUGGGGAGAGCAGACAGAAAGUGCCCUGCAACAGCUGCGAGCCGCGUCCACCACGGGAGUCUGCGUAGCUGCGCACAGUGGAUGAAAGAUUUGUCACGCACCACCCGGUUCAGCACAAGUUAACGCGGAUUCACGGGCACCGAAAACACUCAUGAACGAACGGGAUCUCUGCUACGAAGAUAAGGACAGCUGGGGGGGAACUGAUCUGAUCAUAAGGUUUUAGGAGUGUCCAUUUCGAACAUGGAAAAAACUUUGCAUCUACUGCACAAGUCCGAAGACACUACUGACAAAGUUCCGGAGGAACCGCCGCUCGGUCUCACCAUGAGAAACGGAGAAUUUACAGAUCAACAGAUGGGACUAUCGGACAAAAUACCCCUAGUGAAGCCUUAUUUUAAAAAGAAACACGCACAGAGGAAGCUGGACGCGAAAUGUCUGCGGGCGCUGGAUGAUCCCAUUUUGACUACGUUAUUGAGCUCAAAUGCACUGGUUGCGGGUGAUGGGGUGUUUGUGCCUCGGAAUCAGCCCGGGACACAGCGGAACUUGUGCGCAGCUGUGGUGGAGAAGCAGUCCAGAAUUAACCAGGUAUGCCUGAAGGAUGAAAGCGCAGUGUCUGGGCUAAUAGCCGAUGAGGGAGAUGGAGACAUAGCUGACCCCACAGCUGAGCUCGGUGAACGGGGACAAAAGGUUACUGAUAUUCAACGGGUGACAAUAGCUACUAAUGAGCACCGUUUUCAGCCCCAGGCUUGCGACGUGGCGGCGCCCACUGCGGUCGUUCCCCCUUGUGAGGGGGAAAAGAUGAAUGACAUCUACAGCUCUGAACCUUUGCAGGGUGCAAAUUGCCUUGCCAUCAAAGACGGGCCGCUGAAAGGCGAAAUCUUUCAGGAUAAAAGCGAAGAAGCCUCUUUGGAUCUCGUGUUUGAACUUCUGACCCAGCUACAGUACCAUACACAUCAAGGCGACGAGGUAUCGAUCUGCGUGGAUUUUCUCCAGGGGGUCUGCGUGUACGGGAGCGACUGCUCGCAGCACCACACCGUACUGCCCUACCACUGGCAAAUCCGAAGAGUCGAUACUCAGACUUGGCAAAGCGUGUCGGACGAUUCACAAGAACAAUUGGAAAGGCUCUAUUGCAAUCCGGACAAUGAACAAAUCAGACUGAAGUUUCAAGGUCGCGUGUUCACACUGGAUUUCAGUGCCAUGAGGGUGUGCGACCUGCAGUUUGACCUGGUCAGGCGUUUGUCCACGCCCCCCAGCUCUGCAAUCGCACCCCCACACUCUAGCCCUGCCCCAAACUGCCACACUGUCUGGAAGUACUACUGCAGAGACAACUUUGGCUGGAGAGAAUACUCAGAGCCGGUGGUACGGCUCAUUGAGGAGGCAACUGGGCGUGGUCUGAAGGAGGUCCGUUUCGUCACACUCCAGAACCAGUACAUCCUGAACAUCUGGGAGGGGUUCCAGCAGAAUGCCAUCUUUGGGUUCCGCCGGCAGAUCAAGAAAAGGCCGUUGUUCCUCUCCACUGUGAUGCUCAUGCCUUACUUACAGACUCUGGGUGGUUUGGGCUCAACAGGCCCCUCCCCUUCUCAGAGCCCCGGGCCCCUCCCCUUGUCUCCUACCUCACCUGCCCCACCAAAGGCCUAUCCCGAGACGUGGCUUCCCAUGGGCUCCUGCCAGGACUUCCUCCAAGUUCCUGUGUCCAAAGAGGACAGGAGCUACCGCACCGUCUACAGCCUCUUCCACAAGACCGUGUCAGAGACCCGCUUCCGCAUCCUGAAGAUCCUGCGGGUCCAGAACCCCUUCCUCUGGGAGAAAUACAAGAGGAAGAAGGAAUACAUGUCCAGGAAGAUGUCGGAGAUGGACCGCAUGCUGAACGAGCGCCACCUGUUCCACGGCACCUCCCAGGAUGUGGUGGAGGGCAUCUGCAAGCACAACUUCGACCCGCGCGUGUGCGGCAAACACGCCACCAUGUUCGGCCAGGGAAGCUACUUCGCCCGCAAAGCUGUCUACUCCCACAACUUUUCCAAGCGCUCGCCCAAGGGCGUGCACUGCAUGUUCCUGGCCAAGGUUCUGACGGGAAAGUUCACGGUCGGCAACCCCUCUAUGCGCCGGCCGCCGCCCCUCCACCCCGGCAACCCUUCCAGUGACCUGUACGACUCUUGUGUGGACAACUGGGUCGACCCUCAAAUAUUCGUCAUCUUCAACGACGACCAGAGCUACCCCUACUUCAUCAUCCAGUACGAGGAGGUCUCAAACACUGUGUCCAUUUGAGCCCACCGGGGGCACUGCUGUGCAGGAGCUGGGGGGGUGUUCCUUCCCCCCCCGUUGAUGGGACUCAGACAGGUGCAUGACGCUCUCUCUAGCCCUGUAUGCUCCACUCCCAGUGUUUCAGCGUUCAGUACCCAGCCUCUCCCAUCUGUCUUAGCUUGGCCCUGGGGUCGAUUCCUCCGCCCUCGUCCGCAGGAAGAGACUCCAGUGCUGGGCAGCUCCGUGUGCCGUUUGAACUGGAGGACAGGGGGCAGUUCCCGGGGAUCGACAGACAUGCUCAGACUCUGUCCUGGACAGGAAGUCAGCGGCGCGUUUCUCCGGCCCACUGCUGUUUACCCUCCCCUUGUUGUCGUCUCAUCUGUCCUCCAGAACCCAAGCAGAUUUUGUGAAAAACUGUACAUAUGU